AAGGCGAAAAGCAUUUUCGAAGUUUUGCAAAUGGAAUUAAUUACAAGGCACUCCCGAAGUUUUCUGCCAUUUGCUUUCGUUUGUGAGCUUCGAUCAGGAUUCAGAACGGUACUGAUAUCUAUAUAUAGAAUCGGCUCAGAGCGCUUAUUAUUCUGUUUUUACUCUUCUUGGCACUAAAUUGGUCGCGGAAAUGUUCCCUGCAUGUGACUUGUACCAGAUCUCGCCGUCGGAAUAUCAGCGGCUAACCGUCGAGCAGAAGCCCGACUCGUCGGAGGCCUUCAAAUCCGCUGUUUUUCAGCGCUUGUUUGCCAUCACCGUGCCUGCACGCUCCAAAGACGCCGUGAUCGGAUUGGUUUCCAAAUUGCAAACCGUCCUCGAGGGAAUUAUCCUGCAGGGAGCCAGUGGCAUGUUCACUGCUUGCAUCGUGGACGAAGUGAAAUUAGUAGGACAGUAUCAAAAAGACACAACGAUUACCGGUCCGAGAGAAUUAUAUGCGGAAAUUGUUAUUCGAUUGAAAACUUCUCCUUCAGUUGUCACCCUGCGAUUACUUGGGGAGAAAAUCGUCGGGGAUUUGAUGCAAAGUUUUCCAAGCGAAAAGUUUGGUUGGGCCAUGGAUGGAUAUAUUCUGGAAGUUUCAUCGUCUCUAGCCAGUGUGAAAAUUCAUGUCACCGCUGAAUCUGCAGGCCAAAACACACCCGUACCGGAUACAGAUCAGCCGGAUCCCGAUCUAGUUCCUGCGGAUGUUCUUGAAGCAAGCGCCAGACUUGUGGAGGAAGCGGCUUGGUUUGCGAAUAAUGCGUCAGCUUCCAACAUUAAAGGGUUGGUUCGGUUGUUAACGGAUCUCAGGGAGCGACAUACUUCGUUCAGUAUCUUUACUGAUUCCGCUCUUGAUCUUUUGGCCCAUUUAUGUGUAACGGCACUGGUGGAGGGAAGUACUUUGUCCAUAGAGUCAGCUUUUCGGCGAUUUCUUGAGUUGCUGUCGAUGGGAAUAUUAAUGCGAGACGCCUGGCCCACCACCGAACUGUUUCUGUACAAGAAUGUUCCGGUGGAACAGCGCGUGGCAGCUUCGCGAACGGCUUCCGAACUUCUGUGUCAGAUUAGUAUGGGGGAUUUCCGAGCAGUUCUGGCCACGCAUUGACUGAGUAAUGCGUAAGAUCUACCAAAUUUGUUUUGUUUUUGUUUCAACUUCGUUGGAAAUAUUCGGGCGCUCGUAAUCGUCAGUCUAGCUAGCCUCGCUUUUUGGUUAGCCUCAGAAAUGGAAACUAUAUUUUGCAAUAUUAUUUUGUAUAUUUUUAUAACUUUUUGUUAUUUAUAAAGACAAAUGUCAAGUGCAGUGGGAUAAAAGGUAUUACAAAAUAGAAGAGAUCUA